GGCCAAAAAGUCUGGGUUAAAUCAGAAUGAAAAAAAAACAAAAAUUGUUGAGUUUUGUUGUUGUGAUAGGCCAACUCAUAAUAACAUAAAUCAAACUUAAUUAUUUUUUUCAGUUCUAAAAUGCUAUGAUAAAUGAGCAGGAAAAAGAAGAAGAUAACGUGAACAAAAACAAAAUGGCGUCUCCACGUGGAAGUAUAGAACAGCUGAUUUGUCAGCUGUCAUGCGGAGUAAUAUGUGGCAUAGUUUGCAUGAUGGUUACAGUGACAGGACAAGAUGAUUUUGGUGAUGAUGCAAUGGAUAUGGAUAUGGAUGCCAUGAUGGGAGGGGAUGGAGGAAAGGUCCCUGGAGCUACCACUGCUAAACCAGUUAUAAUGCCUCAGCUAACGUACAUUGAACAGAGUACCAGGGCCCUUCAGCAGCUUGCAAUAGUCAUAGGUGUCGGGUUCAUGGUUGGAUUCCUGUUCAUGAUGAUGGUUGGGUUGGAGAAGGCCUGGGACAACCUUGAGGCUAAGUACAACAAGGCAUUCGGUCUGAUUACUGUACAGGUUGAGGAUCCCGCUGCUCUUGUAGGAACAUUUAAAAGAUACAAAAACUAGAAGGAAAAAGGGAUGUACGCAAAUAUAGGAAGGUCAGCUCUGCAAAUUUCGUACCGGCCCGGUCUAUCCUUGUACUGUUCUGGGAUCAAUUCCUCUUCAUAAUUGACUAAAUUUACAUGUUUAAAAGGGAUUGCUCUACAAAAUUCGUACCGGCCCGGUCUAUCCUCGUACCGGCCUGACCUGUGGUUAAAUCUAGAAAAAGUUAGACUAACGAACAUAGAAGAAUAUAAUGCAGAAGAAAUGCAACGGUGUACUCUUGCUUGAAAAAUGGGCGUUUCGCGCAAUUGGAAUUUUAUUAAAAGUUUUAUUUCUCAGUUUUUUGAGAGUUUUUUUUUAUUUAUUACUUUGAACAAUGUAUGCCUGAGCCAGGUUUGCUCAUUUAUUAAUACCAAAUAGAUUAUGAUGUAAUACAGGUGGCAACAGAGAAA